AUGGAGGCAGAAUCACCAACGCUCACAUCUAAAAAGACGGCCAUCAGCAAUGCGGCAGACAUUUUGGUCAUCUGUUUUUACUUCCUUGCGGUCAUUGGCACUGGCCUUUGGUCCAUGCGCCGGAUCAAUCGAGGGACAGUGGGGGGAUAUUUCUUGGCUGGAAGGAAGAUGGUGUGGUGGCCGAUUGGAGCCUCUCUCUUUGCCAGCAACAUUGGCAGCGGGCAUUUUGUAGGUCUGGCAGGCACCGGAGCAGCGAAUGGCCUGGCCGUGGCAGGAUUUGAGUGGAAUGCUAUAUUUUUUGUUCUUCUCCUUGGAUGGUUCUUUGUUCCAGUUUACCUCUCUGCUGAGGUCAUCACAAUGCCCCAGUACCUGAAGAAACGUUUUGGAGGCCAACGAAUCCGUCUCUACCUCUCCAUCCUCUCUCUUUUCAUGUACAUCUUCACCAAAAUAUCAGUGGACAUGUUUUCUGGUGCUGUGUUCAUCCAGCAGGCCUUGGGCUGGAAUAUUUAUCUAGCUGUCAUAGCGCUUCUGAUCAUAACCACCAUUUAUACCAUGACAGGAGGAUUGGCAGCCUUGAUGUACACUGACACAGUCCAGACUUUUGUCAUGAUUGGAGGCGCUUUCGUCUUGAUGGGGUUUGCCUUCAGUGAAGUCGGAGGUUAUCAAGGAUUAUUUGAC